ACCCCGGGGCGUGGUUUGUCGGUUGUAGUGUGGCAAGCUUUGGUUACAUAGCAACAAGUAAUCCCAAACCGUGCACCGUAUUCUGGGCUGACCCGCAGCACCACGGGAACUAUACGGAGAUCCCCGGCAGCAGCGCUCCGUGCUCCUGCUCUCCGCACGUGCUUCCUGUAUCACAUGACGCGCAGCGCCUGCAGAUUGGCUGUCGCGCCCCUCACUUGUUGCUGUACAGUUAGGAUGGGACGCGGUUCUGAGAUUCCCUUUUAGGCGCUGAAAGUAGUGAUUUCCGCAGCAAGCAUGAGCAGCGAUUUUGUCGUAAUUCCUCCUGCAAAGAGUGGGAACUCUGUCAGAUUAAAAGGCAGAAAUAUUAGAGAGCUUCGUAUGGAAACAUUGCAACUGGAGAAGCAUAAUAAGGAUAUGGAACAGAAGCUGAACCAACUGCGACAGAGUAUGAGCCGGGAGAAGGAGGAAAGAGAACGGUUAAAUCCAUAUCACUGGAUAUCUGGACAAGCUGGAAAUCAACGGAAUGAUAAAGAAAACAUUGGGAAGGUUCCUUCUGGAAAAAUGAAGCUGAAAGUCCUCCAAACCCCACUUCAAGAGCCUGAGAAACAAAAGACGUUGUCAAGGACUACUAGCGUGCCAGCCGCAGAGAAGCCGAAGAUCAAGGGCAAAGCAUGUGGACAGUGUGAAAGCAAAAGUGCUUUACUGAUGUGUUUGGAGUGUGGCGAGGAUUACUGCACUGCGUGUUUUGCCAGAUUCCACCAGAAGGGGGCAUUGAAGCUACACAGAACAAUGCCCACGCAGGAGAAAUCUCAAGAUGGCAAAUUAGAUAUUUCACAUGCUUUCAAGAGAGAGCGGAAUGUUGAUGAGGCAAGUGGAAAAGUUGUAAAAGACAAAAAGAUUAUUGGCAGCCCAAACUCAACCAGAGUUUCUCCUAUUUAUAAAACACAACAGGCCAAUGGAGAGUCUUUCAUCUCAGAACCGAGAAGGGAAAACUCUCUACUGCACGGAAAGUUUAGUGAAGAGGAAUCUGCUAAAUAUUUUAAUGAAGCUUUAUUGGAAUGGAGAAGGAAUAAAUCACAACCUGUCAAUGUCUUAAAGGUGGAAACAGAUGACAAUGGGAGUUUGGAAGUUCAGACUGUACUCACUGCCACUGCAAAACCACUGCAUAUUGAAUUUAAAGAAAAUAGCUUGAGCUACAUGGAGAAGUUGAUGUUGAAGAAACACAGAAGAACCCCAGUUAGUCAAGACUCUCAGAACCAUUUACAAAAAGUGAGCUAUUCUCUGACCAUAUCAGAGAAUGAACUGGAUAAGUACAGCGAUUUGACAGUUGAAGAAAUGGAAGCUCAUGAAAAUUACGUGGCUUUGUUCAGAGCCGAGCAACAUGUCAGGAACGAUGUGAUACAUGAACCUGCUUUAAAGAUUGUGGAGUUGGAUGAGGAUUCUGAAGAGAAACUGGAUGAAUCUAGAAAUUGUGUGGUACAAGAAACAGAAAACAAUGAAAGGAACAACCAACCAAGUCUUUCAGAGCAUGAAAUAAAAUUACCAUUUUCUGCCAGAGUAUCCCCCAAGUCACCAGAGCGAGCAUGUAAAAAGAAGGGCAAUGGUCCUCCAAGGUCAACUUACUGUGUUGAAGAAGGUGUUGUAAAGUCUACCUCUCUGAAAGAUCAUCCUCUUACAGCAUCACGUUUACAAGACAGCAAAUCAAUGAAGUACAAAAGCUUUGAGGACAGCCGGAGCUUGGAUACAGCUUUAAUGGUAAACGUGCCGCAGGAGCCGCAGAGCACUGUCCUCAGACAACUUAACCGGAUAUCAGAAUAUCAAGGCCUAAAAGGAUUUUUCAUGUUAGACAUUGACCCUGUUGAGGUUAAGGCCGAGCAUUGCCAACCACCCAGCCCUGAUCUUACUUCAGUAGCUGAGAAGGUCACUUAUACAGGUAAUAACUACUGGAGACCAGAGAGCAGCUUAAGUGUAUGUGCAGAUGAUGCAGUUGUCCAAGAUAUUGUAGAAAAAGCAUGGGAACAGUCCAACAACCACAUCAUAGACACCAGCCUUACACCUAGGAAUUUCACACACAGAGGGACUGCAAACACCUCCAGAAGGCCUUAUUCUUCAAAGUCCAUUCAUGGAAUCUCAGGAUCUUACAGCAGUCCUAGACCUAGAUCUGCAGCAGCUCGACCAAUGUCUAGAGCAGCCUCCGAGAUCUCUGAAAUUGAGUCUAUUGACUCCACGGACAGAGGAGACUUUCUUUUUGAAGAUGAAAAUGAAAGGGAAACACUGGCUAUCCUGGAAAAGGAAUUUGACUCUUUGCACAUAGAUAAUAGGACGCUUCAGACAUCAGCAUUCAAUAAUAAUUCCUUCCAGUUGACAAGACAUGACCAGAGAUUAGCAAUGUCUGAAGAUGAAGCGCCUGUAAGCAGAUUGCCCCUACACGCUCUGCAAAGCUGUGCUGUAGAAAGUGAAUCGGAUGAAGAGGAGACCCUGCAGGACAAGCUUAAUGUAUUGUCACUUCAAUAGAGCUUUGCACCACAGUACAGCAACAAAAUGACGCAUGCUGUCUAUUUCAGAUAUUAGAUAAUUGGUUAUAACCAUUGCUGAACAUGUUUCUUACUAGUUUAUCUUCUUUACUAAGUGCCUAAGUGUGCUCCGUGCACAUUAAUGCACAUUUGACAUAUUGGCCCAGAUUUAUCAAACUGUGUGAGAGAAAAAGUGGAGUGAUUUUCCUACAGCAGCCAAUCACAACUCAGCUAACAAGCUCUGGUAAAGUGAAAGCUGAGCUGUGAUUGGUUCCUGUUGGAAAAUCACUCCACUUUUUCUCUCACACAGUUUGAUAAAUCUGGGCCAUUGUGUUAUGAUUGUCUUUUCAUGGUAGUAAAUGUACUCUACUAGACAAAUGCAGUUGUAUUUAUUCUUUGGUAAAUUAGUCACGUUGUUCUUUGUGAGUAACAUCUUAGUUACGUUUACUCUUUCUUCAUACAAUAAAAUUGGAGCUAUCUUUUAGAAAAA